GCUGCCCAACACCACAGGAUGCCUUUCUCCCCCUCGUCGCAGAAGUCAAAGAAUGUAAAGAUGGUCGUACAGUGUGGAGAAUGCCUCAAGUGGAGAGUGUGCUAUGCAGCACGAGUUCUAAAACCUGAGCAAAGGCGGCAACUAGAGCGGGAACUGGAAUUGUUGGCCUUCUCUUGUGGCACAUGCUUUCAAGAUGUUUCUACUGAUGGUGAUGAAGAGUCUGUCUUCAAUGUAGUCUACGUCAACGAUAAACUCACCUGUGACUUGCCAAUAGAAGCACCAUACUAUGUUACUUUUGACGACCCUCUGUGCUUUUUUUGUGGAAGUGAACACGAUCUUAUCACUGGGGAUGGGAACUACCCUCUGUGUAAUGAGUGUAGAGAUGCAGGCAAGAAUCCUCACAAGAAGAACACUAGGGCCUUUAAUCCUCGACCACAGUAGGUCAUUUUACUGCAUUCCUUCAGCAAGGAAAGAACCAAGUGUUGUAUGAUCUUUUAACACUUAAAGUUUUACUUUUCAAAUCUGGUUCACAAUGUUUGGAAUAUUAAAAAAAGAGCACAGAACACAGAUUGGAACCUCAAGUUCAAUUUAGUUCUAUUUUUUAACGUUAAAUUGAUUUUUGCCUGCAUCUCCACAGUUUUAAGAAAUAGAUUACUUUUUAUCCGAAAGCAUACUUGGUGGUAGUAAGCAUCCAGCAAAAUUAUUUUGUCUAUUUCCCCUGUUGAUAAAAAACACUAACAAAUUAUGUACAUAAUGUAGAAAACUUUGAAUCUCCAAAAUUGCCUGCAGGCGUUUUUGAGAAAUUUCCAUGGUGUCCGUUGGAAUGCUGCCCUCAAUACAGCCAGAGAUGAGGUUGGUACCCACUGUCAGCUCGUUGAACGUGGAUGCAUUUGAUGGAAAAACCGUGACAGUUUUUCGCAGUUUACUCAAUAAGUAGGCACUGCA